UAUGUUCAUUUUUUCACAAAGAACGACAACUCUGAAUUACUUGCCAGCAUAGUACCUUGACCGGCUGAGAUAUUUAUUUAAUUACAAGUGAUGGCUUUACGAAUGUCAAUUAGAAAGCUAGCACAUUCAUAUGGAAUAAGAGACAUACGCCCACUGUGUUCAGUUAAUGCUACAGAAAUAUUGCAAUCAAGACAGAUUUUUUUAUCACCAAAAACAAUGUCAGAUAAGAAAUUAUUUACACCAGGUCCUCUUGGUACAUCAUCAACUGUAAAAUCUGCUAUGCUUAGAGACCUUGGCUCAAGAGAUGUAGAAUUUAUCAAGUUAAUUAAAACUAUAAGGAGUAAAUUGGUACAAAUUGCAGGUGUAUCAGAUUCCACAUUUACUGCUGUGCCUAUGCAGGGAAGUGGAACAUUUGCUAUAGAGUCAGUCUUUCAAACAGCCACUAAAAGAUCAGCGGCAAAGGUGCUAGUAUUUGAGAAUGGAGCAUACGGGAAGCGCCUUGGUAAGGUAUGUGAGGUUCAUGGAGUUGAAGUUGACGUGCAGUUUUUCCGGAGAAUGACUAUAUUGGACCUUAAGAAGGUGGAGAGUAUUCUACAGGGAAAUAACUCAUACACAUUAGUUGCUAUGGUUCACUGUGAGACUAGUUCAGGUGUAAUCAACCCGGUAGAAGGUGUUGGUAAAAUCGUAAAACAACAUCUUCCAGAGAGUGAUUUCUUUGUUGAUGCAAUGAGUAGUUUUGGAGCUAUACCUCUAGAUCUUGAGGCUGCUAAAGUAGAUUAUCUAGUCAGCUCAGUAAACAAAUGCCUUGAGGGUGUGCCUGGAUUUUCAUAUGCAAUAGCCAGACUUAAUAAACUGCUAGACUGUAAAGGUAAUUCCAGAAGUAUAAGUUUAGAUUUAUUUGAGCAGUAUGACAAUUUAGAAAAGACAAAUCAGUUUAGAUUUACCCCACCUACCCACACAAUGCUGGCAUUUGCACAGGCUAUACAGGAGUUUGAAACAGAGGGAGGGGUUGAAGGUAGAUCAGCUAGGUAUAGAGAGAAUUGUACAAUAUUGAAGGCAGGUAUGAAGGAAAUGGGUUUUAAAGAAUUUUUGAGCCCAAACCAUGAAGGAUAUAUCAUUACAUCAUAUUGCUUUCCACAAGAUAAACAUUUCAAUUUUAACAAUUUCUACAUGAAAUUGAAUGAAAGAGAUCAGGUUAUCUACCCAGGUAAAGUGCUUGAUGCAGACUGUUUUAGGAUAGGAAGUAUUGGAUACCUGUUCCCCAAUGAUGUGAGGCAUUUAUUGAAGUGUAUUAAAGAUGUCUGCAAAGAAAUGAACAUAACCUUACCUAUAAAAGAAUAAUAAAUUUGAGAAUUUACUGUAGCUUGUGUAUUAUCAGAUAAAGAUUAUCAAUGCAAUAACUAAUAUAUGUUGAUAGUCCUUUUAAUAGUUUAAGAGCAUAUAAAUAUAGUUUGGAAUGUUAAGUAUUUCUGUUAAGUAUUAGUUAAUGAUGAGUAUUACUUAAAGUUGUACAAAUUCUGUGUCUUGAUAUUUUGAUGAAUAUUAGAAAAUUACAUUAAACUUGAGCUAUUUAGAAAAUGUUAGUAAAGCAAAGUCAUUGCUAUUUUGACACAAUCUGAUGGUUAUAUUACUGUAGAUUUCUAACUGUGUUGUAAAAUUCUCUCUUAAAUAAUAAGUAAACAUGCAGAGAAUUUUAAUUUAGAAAAAAGGCACACUAUACUUAAACCUAGAGAAAUCUUUGUUUUGUACAAAAUGUAAUCUUAUAUUUCAAUCUCAUUGAUUUAUUGUAUUCUUAUAAUUACAUGUAUGAUAACUGGUAUUUCUACAGCUAUGUAGAUAACAUAGUGAAGCCUUGUAUAUAAUUAUUAUUGUGAUAUUGUUAGUGAUUAUGUGAUAAAAAUUAUGUAUUUAAUUUUAAAUUGUUGCUCAACUUUGGGUGACAGUUUUAUAUAGAUAUAUUUUCAUUGACCAAAUGAACAUGUAUCAAAAGUUUGGUUAGAUGAAUUAAUCAAUGAAUGUUUGAUUUAAUGAAUUGAAUGCAUGAGAGUCUACAAUAUAAUAUUUGAAUUCAGGGUAUUAUUGUUUUAUGUUUGGUGUUUUGUAUUUUUAAUGCUUCACUACAUGCUUUUUUCAAGGAUCUAAAUGUUGUCAUUUGUUAUAAUUUAGUCUUUCCAACUUUUAGUAAUGUGUUCUCUGAUAGCAUCAUCAUUAAAAAAAAUUUAUAGACCAAUAUCUUAGAUAAUUUGGUAUGUAGGUAUCUUUAUUGACCGCUACUCUUUUUUGAGGUUUGUGGUCAGUAGGGUCAAGGUCACUUAAUUUUUUGUGCUGAUAUCUGAGAUAUUUGGUAUGUGAAUUUGGUAUGUGUUUACUAUUCAUUGAUAUGUAUAUUGUGCAGUUUGAAGUCAAAGGUGAAGGUCACUGAGGUCAAAGAUAGAUUUUUUUUUUACUUUUUUGUAGUUUUGCAAUGCUUUUUAUCUGUCAUUAGGGACACUCACCUGGCGGUAUGAAAAUGAGAUUUAAAUCUGCUGCCUUCUAUCUAUUUUUUUGUUUAUUUACUUUAUCUCCACAAUUGCCUUCUUGAUCUUCAUGACAACAACCCAGGAAUAAAUGUAACCAUGUUACAUAUAUCAUUGUUAUUUUUGUUUCUAUGUUGAUCUGCUAGUGUGACCAGAUGCAUAUAUUACCGUAAGCCUGGGGACAAUUGGUAAAGGAAUUUAUAAGAAAAUUUUGUUACAUCAAACUUCAUCAGUGUGCUAUCACUCAAUAUUUUAUGUAAUUUCUUAACUAUGUUGUGUUAUUUAUAUAAUAAGUUAUGAUCCGAUUAUAGUAUUAUCUUGGACAGAAAGGGAAAAAUAUUUUACAAUACAGUUGUAAACAAAUACAUGUGUAUCACUUUAAACAUGUACUAGUAACAUUUUCUGUUAUUUGUUAAGCAGUGAUUGUUUGGUAACAGAUGCUUGCAAUAUUUCAUAUUUUACAGAAACAAUGUAAUGCUACAGAUUCUUCAGAAGUAAUUACAUACAUUCUUCUUAUACAUUCACUUUUUGCUUAUAUUUUAUAAUAAAACAGGUUUCUUUUAUUUACACUCCACGGCUUGCAUUAAUUUGUAUUUAUUAUACCCCCACCACAAAAUGGGGGGGGGGGGGGGCUAUAAUGGAUUCGCUUUGUCGCGUCCGUCCGUCCAUCGGUCGGUUCAUCUCCAUUUUCGUGUCUGCUCUAUAGAUCCUUUACCAAUUAAAGGGUUCUCUUCAAACUUGGCUCAAAUGUUCACCUCAACAAGGGGAUGUGCAGAACCCAUGUUACCUAUGUGUCAGCUCAAGGUCACAUUUGAAGAUCAAAUAUCAAACACAAUCAAAUAUUAGACAGUAUGUCGUGUCCACUCUGUAAGUCCUACACUAAUUGAAAGAUAUUCUUCAAACUUGGCUCAAAUGUUCAUCCAACAAGGGGAUGUGCAGAACCCAUGUUGCCCAUGUGUCAGCUGAAGGUCAAGGUCACAAUUGAAGGUCAAAUAUCAAACACAAUAAAAUAUAAGACAGUAUGUUGUGUCCGCUCUGUAAGUCCUACAAUAAUUGAAUGAAAGAUUUUCUUCAAACUUGGCUCAAAUGUUCAUCUCAACAAGGAGAUGUGCAGAACCCAUGUUGCCCAUGUGUCAGCUCAAGGUCAAGGUCACAAUUGAAGAGCAAAUGUCAAACAAUCAAAUAUUACAAAGUAUGUCAUGUCCACUCUGUAAGUUCUACACGAAUUGAAGGUUUUCUUCAAACUUUGCUCAAAUGUUCACCUCAACAAGGGGAUGUGCAGAACCCAUGUUGCCCAUGUGUCAGCUCAAGGUCAAAGUCACAAUUGAAGGUCAAAUAUCAAACAAUCAAAUAUAAGACAGUAUGUUGCGUCCGCUCUGUAAGUCCUACACUAAUUGAAGGAUUUUCUUUAAACUUGGCUCAAAUGUUCACCUUAACAAGGGGAUGUGCAGAACCCAUGUUGCCUAUGUGUCAGGUCAAGGUCACAAUUGAAGGUCAAAUAUCAAACAAUCAAAUAUUACACAAUAUGUCGUGACUGCUCUGUAAGUCCUACACUAAUUGAAAGAUUUUCUUUAAUCUUGGCUCAAAUGUUCACCUCAACAAGGUAAUGUGCAGAACCCAUGUCACCCUUUUGCCGGCUUAAGGUCAAGGUCACACUUGAAGGUAAAAAAUUGACUUUUUAAAUUUAAACAUGUAUUAAAAUUUGAAUAUUUAUGAAACUAGAAAAGGUAUUUGCUUGAAACUUAAAAUACAUAUGAAGUGUCACAAUUAAGAUAUUUUGGUCAAGUUUCAUAUAUCUGUAUUGCAUUUUAACAAAGUUAUGCCCCUUUUUAAGUUUUCAAAUUUACAUACAGUCAAAUAUUAGACAAUAUGCUGUGAUCACUCUAUAAAUCCCAUACUUAUGGAAGAAUUUUCUUCAAACUUUACUCAAAUGUUCACCUCAACAAGGUUAUGUGCAGAAUCAAUGUCACCUUUGUGCAGGCUAAAGGUCAAGGUCACACUUGAAGGUAAAAAAUUGACUUAGAAAAUGUUCUUAAAUUUUCACAUGUACUUAAAUAUUUCUGAAAGUAGAAAAGGUAUUUGCUUGAAACUUGAAAGAUAUAUGAGGUGUCACAAAUAAGUUAUGCAGGUUAAGUUUCAUAACUCUGUAUUGCAUUUUGACAAAGUUAUGCCCCUUUUUAGCUCGACUUUUCUAUGAAAAGGGGAGCUAUCCUACUCGCCCCGGCGUCGGCGUCGGCGUCACACCUUGGUUAAGUUUUUCGUACCACCCCACUUUAUUUCAGAAGUAUUACAAGUAUGGCUUUGAAACUUACCAUACUUGUUCACCAUCAUAACCUCCAUCUACAGACAAGAGUACAUAACUCUGUCAAGGUUUUUGACAGAAUUAUGGCCCUUUUUUGACUUAGAAAGUGUAUUGAGCUUGGUUAAGUUUUUUGUACCACCUCACUUUAUUUCAAAACCAUUGGAGGUAUUGCUUUGAAACUGACCAUACUUGUUUACCAUCACGACCUUCAUCAACAGACAAGAGGACAUAACUCUGUCAAGGUUUUUGACAGAAUUAUGCCCCUUUUUGACUUAGAAAAUACAUUGAAUUAUGGGUAAAAUCCACUUAUUGCCUUAACCCUUUGAGAUAUUGCUUUGAAACUUUUAAUGCUAUUUCACAUCAUUACCCCAUCUGUACGCAAGAGAAGGUAACUCUGUCAAGGAUUUGUUUUAAAAAUUAAGGCCUUUUAUCGACUUAGAAUCUUGGUUAAGUUUUUAGUACCAGUCCACUUUUGACUGAACUGUUUGAGAUAUUAAUUUGAAAGUUGGAAUACUUGUUUACAAUCAUGAUUCCCAAACAUGUCCAGGAGAAGGUAAUUCUGUCAAAGAUUUUAUUUGAAUUAUGGCCCUUAACUGUCAAUGUUUUGUAUUAUAGGCAAGCACUAAAAAACUUAAAAAAUCUAAAAAAAUUCAUUCCUAUCCACUUGUUCACUUUACCAUAAAUUAUGUCAUAUAAACAUUGCUGUAAUAUUCAAGGGUAUCAAACAACUAGUUCACUUUAAAAAUACAGAGAUUCUUGUAUUGCCUUUUACUGCAAAAACUUUUUUUAUUGGCAAGCAAUAAAAAAGUCGAGCGCGCUGUCUUACGGACAGCUCUUGUUAAGUCUUUAGAUUUACAUACAAUCAAUACUAGACAAUGUCGUGUCCGCUCUAUAAAUUCUAAACUUUACUCAAUUGUUCACACCACUGGGUAAUGUGCAGAAUCCAUCCUACCCUUGUGCCAGCUUAAGGUCAAGGCCACACUUGAAGGUCAAAAAUUGACUUAUAAAAUGUUUAGUACAUUGGGAAAAUGAAAGGUUAUUUGUAACUGUUUCGAACAUGAUUUGAUAAUAAAUAUCUAUACUAUUGCCUGUACAAUUAGUCUUUUUUUCACCAGAGAUAAUUUCUUUUUAUUUAUUUGUGCCACUAAAGUUAUUCCCUUAACCACCUUUCCAAGUUGUCUUCUGUCAAGGACAUUGGUGGGGGUAUGAAUUGCAUUCAGUGAUAGCUUUAGUUUAUUAGCUCACCUGUCACAAAGUGACUGUAAACUUUUACUUUAAAUGACAUCUCCUCAUAAACCACUAAGCCAAUUUCAUCCAAACUUCACAGGAAUGUUCCUUUGGUGGUCACCUUUUAAAAUUGUUCAAAGAAUUUAAUUCCAUGCAGAACUCUGGUUGCCAUGGCAACCGAAAGAAAAAACUUUAAAUAUCUUCUUUGAAAAAACCAUAAGAGCUAGGGCUUAGAUAUUUGGCAUGAAACAUCUUCUAGUGAGUGUCUACCAAGUUUGUUCAAAUAAAAGCCCUAGGGUCAAAAUUGGCCCCGCCCCGGGGGGUCAUUGAUUUUCCCUAUAUGCAUAUAGUAAAAACUUAAAAAAUAUUCUUUUAAAGAACCCAAAGAGGUAGAGCUAAGAUAUUUAGCAUGAAACAUGUUCUAAUGGGUGUCUACCAAGUUUGUUCAAAUAAAAGCCCUGGGGUCAAAAUUGACCCCGCCCCGGGGGGUCAUUGAUUUUCCUUAUAUGCAUAUAGUAAAAACUUAAGAAAUCUUCUUUUAAAGAACUGAAAGAGCUAUGGCUAAGAUAUUGAGCAUCAAACAUGUUCUAAUGGGUGUCUACCAAGUUUGUUCAAAUAAAAGCCCUGGGGUCAAAAUUGGCCCCGCCCAAGGGGGUCAUUGAUUUUUCCUAUAUGCAUAUAGUAAAAACUUAAAAAAUCUUCUUUUAAAGAACAAAAAGAGUUAGAGCUAAGAUAUUUUGCAUGAAACAUGUUCUUAUAAGUGUCUACCAAGUUUGUUCAAAUAAAAGCCCUGGGGUCAAAAUUGGCCCCGCCCUGAGGGGUCAUUGAUUUUCCCAAUAUGCAUAUAGUAAAAACUUAAAAAAUCUUCUUUUAAAGAACUCAAAGAGCUAUGGCUAAGAUAUUUAGCAUCAAACCUGUUCUAAUAGGUGUCUACCAAGUUUGUUCAAAUAAGAGCCCGGGGGCCAUUGAUUUUCCUUACUUCAAAAAUCUUCUUUGAAAAAACCCAAAUAGCUAGAGUUAAGAUAUUAAGCAUGAAACAUCUUUUAGUGGGUGUCUACAAAGUUUGUUCAAAUAAAAGACCUGGGUCAAAAUUGGCCCCGCCCCGGGGGAUUGAUUUUCUUUAAAUGUGUAUAGCAAAAACUUAAAAUCUUCUUUAAAAAAACCCAAAUAGCUAGAGUUUAGAUAUUAAGCAUGAAACAUCUUCUAGUAAGUGUCUAAAAAGUUUGUUCAAAUAAAAGCCCUGGGGUCAAAACUGGCCAGGCCCCAGGGGUGUCAUUGUUUUUAACUAUAUGUGUAUAGUAAAAACUUUAAAAAAAUCUUCUUUUAAAAAGCCCAAUGAGCAAGAGGUUAGAUGUUUAGCAUGAAACAUCUUUCUUAUGGGUGUCUACCAAGUUUGUGCAAAUAAAAGCCCUUGGGUUAAAUUGGCCCUGCAACGUUGGGGGUGGGGGUUGUUGGGGCCUAUAUACAGGUGAGCGACCUCAGGGCCAUCAUGGCCCUCUUGUUCUUAAUUACUUCUGUUUAGUAUAUAAAAAUUGGCUCAGUUUGUUUACAUUAUGCAGUAGUUUAAAGUACAAGAAUUAAUGGUCUUUUCUAUUUUAUAAUGUGUUUUUAUCACUUUGUCAUGUUUGAUAACAUAAGCAUCUUUGGGUUCACUUCACUGGGUUAAUUUGUCAUUCACUUCAUAGGGUUUAUAUGUCAUUCACCUCACUUGGUUUAUAUGUCAUUCACUUCACAUGGUUCAUGUGUCCUGAAUUCUCUGGGUUAUGUGUCAUGAACUUCACUGGGUUAAUGUGUCAUAUUGAUACAUGUAUAUCAUUUUGACUAUGAUACAAUAAGAAAAAUAUAUAAAAUGAAUGUUUUAUAUACAUAAUUAUUAUAUAAUUAUGCUCCCCUAAGGGUGAGCAUAUAGUCACCGCUUUGUAUGUCCGUUUUUUUGUCUGGGAAAUAACUUUGAAACAACAAGAGGUAUCAACAUGAAACUUUGUAGGUAGAUAGAUCUCAAUGAGUAGGUGUGCAGUUCACAAGAACCUUAACUCUGCCGUGCCAAAUUUUUUAAUUAUUGCCCUUUUUGUUUAUUUGUACACUUUGAACUUUGUCUUGGACAUAACUCUAAAAAUAUAAGAGUUAUCAACAUGAAACUAUGUAGGUAGAUAGAUCUCAUUGAGUAGAAUUGCAUUGUUAAAGAACCAUAACUCUGUCUUGCCUAAUUUUGGAGUUAUUGCCCUUUGUUCAUUUUGACACUUUGAACUUUGUCCGGGACAUUACUCUAAAAUUAUAUUAUAAGAGAUAUCAACAUGAAACUUUGUAGGUAGAUAGGUCACAUUGGGUAGAAGUACAGUGCUUAAAAACCAUAACUCUGCCUUGACUUAUUUUGAAGUUAUUGUCCUUUGUUUAUUUUUACUUUUUAACUUUUGUUCGGGACAUUACUCUAAAACUAUUAGAGAUGUCAGCAUGUAACUUUGUAGGUAGAUAGAUCUCAUUGUAUUGAUUUGCAACGCUAAAGAACCUAAACCAUGUAAACACAGCCUUGUCUAAUUUUGGAGUUAUUGCCCAUUGUUCAUUUUUACACUUUGAAUUUUAACCGGGACAUAACUCUGAAACUAUAAAAGAUAUUAUCACGAAACUUUAUAGAUAGAUAGAUCUCAUUGAAUAGAAGUGCAGUGCAAAAAAUCAUAUCGCUGCCUUGCCUAAUUUUUGAGUUUUUGCCCUUUGUUUAUUUUUUUAUACUUUCCUGUGUCCAAAACCUUUUCGGGGAGCAUCACCUGGUUCAACCGGAUCUUGUUUUCAUAUUGUUGUUUUCUACAAAUAUAUCUUUUUUCUCUUUGAUGUUUUCUACUGUAAACUUUUACUUAAAACGACAUCUUCUCAUACACCAAUAAGCCAAUUUCAUCCAAACUUCACAGGAAUGUUCCUUUGGUAGUUAACUUCAAAAAUUGUUCAAAGAAUUUAAUACCAAGCAGAACUCUGAGCAGAAAGAAAAAACUUAAAAUAUCUUCUUUUAAAGACCAAAAGAGCAAGAGCUUAAAUAUUUGGCAUGAAACAUCAUCUAAUCAGUGUCUACCAUGUUUAUUCAAAUAAAUGCCCUUGGGUCAAAAUUUGCCUGCGGCAGGGGGGGGGGGGGGGGCAUGAUAUUCUUUAUUUGUAUAUAGUAAAAUCUAAAAAAUCCUUUUUUAAAAAACCCAAAUAACUAGAGCAUAGAUAUUUAGCAUGAAACAUCUUCUAGUGGGUGUCUACCAAGUUUGUUCAAUGAAAGCUCUCGAGGUAAAAAUUGGCCCCGCCCCAGGGGGUCAUUGAUUUUUGUGUUGCCUCUAUGGAGUAGUGGCGACAUAUAAGGAUCACUUCUCCGUCGUCUGUCUGUCUGUCCGUCCGUCUGUCACAAAACUUGUCCGGACUACUCCUCAUAAACUACUGGUGCCAUUUCAUCCAAACUUUACAGGAAUGAUCAGUACCAAGUGUAGUUGUGCAUAUUGUCAGCAUUUUCAGGUUCAAUGAUUUUUGUCAGAGUUAUGGCCCUUUAAUUAUUUUUAAUUUUACAGUUUGUCCGGACUACUUCUCUUAUACCACAAAUGCAAUUUCAAUGAAACUUUACAGGAUUGAUCUGUUGCUCAAGUCCUUGCGCAUAUUGCAUGGGUUUUCCGGUUGAAUGAUUUUUGGCUGAGUUAUGGCCCUUUGAUAAAAAGGUGUUUUUUUCUGUGUGUUGCCAGAUACACAAAAGCUUGUCCGGACUACUCCUCAUAAACUACUGGUGCAAUUUCAUCCAAGCUUUACAGGAAUGAUCAGUACCAAGUCUAGUUGUGCACUGUCUGUCUGUCUGUCCGUCUGUCACAAAAUUUGUCCCAACAUGAAAUUGGCCAUCAUGAGGCGACACGUGAUUACUGAUCGCUCUUGUCCUUAUAUGUUACUAUGUAUAUAGUAAAAACUUUAAAAAAUCUUCUUUUGAAAAACCAAAAUAGCUAGCGCUUAGCUAUUAAGCAUUAAACAUCUUAUAGUGGGUGUCUACCAAGUUUGUUUUAAAUAAAAGCCCUUGGGUAAAAAUUGGCCCCGCCCCAGGGGCUCAUUGAUUUUCCUGAUUUGUAUAUAGUUAAAGCUUUAAAAAAUCUUCUUUUAAAAAACAAAAAUACCUAGAGCUUAGAUAGUUAGCAUGAAACAUCUUCAAGGGGAUGUCUACCAAGUUUGUUCAAAUACAAGCCCUUGGGUAAAAAUUGGCCCCGCCCCAGGGGGUCAUUGUUUUUCACUUUAUGUAUAUGAUAAAAACUUUUAAAAAAUCUUCUUUUAAAACCCUAAAGAGCUAGAGCAAAGAUAUUAAGCAUGAAACAUCUUCUAAUGGGUGUCUACCAAGUGUGUUCAAAUAAGGGCCCUUGGGGUUAAAAUUGGUCUGGCCCCGGGGGUCUUUUACUCUUGUUAUAGAAAUGUGUUGAAAUCUACAUAUAAACCAGACAAACUGACAGAGCAAAUUUUACCAUUAAUCUUUGUACUUGGUAGAAAUAUGAUUGUGAAAUUAAUAAUUCAGCCAUUUUUUUUUUUAUGUGAAACCUUAAAAAUGUCACAUAGAUUGUGAUCAUUAAGUGUUUUUUUAAAGCUCAUUAAAAAAUAUUUUAUGUUUGAUUUUUUUUAAGUGUUUACUCAUUCUGAAUGUAUACAAAAUGAUUGAAAACCACAAUACAGUCAAUCAGAUUGUAAACAUUAAAUAUUGCUCAAAGAAACAUUUAGAUUUUCUAUCACUACUGAAUUUAAACCAUAACUUGAUGAAAUAGAAAGUGAUAAGCCUUUGGUAAUAAGCUAUGAGUAUAGUCAGAUUAUCCUGCAUAUUCCUGCAGUUUGGCCAGGCUCUACACUGUAACUUAUUUUUUUUAGUCCCCUACCGGUUUACCGAAGGGGACUUUAGGUUUACCCUCCGUCCGUCUGUCUGUCCGUCCGUCCGUCAGUCCGUCCGCCCACAAAACUGGAUCCUGCGAUAAUGCAAAAAGUACUGAAAAUAUUUUAAUGAAACUUGAUAUAUGGAUAGAUGGCAGUAUGGAGAUUAUGCACGUUUUUUUCUUUUCUUCCUAUGUUAAAAAUUCUGGUUGCUAUGGCAACAAAUAGACUGAAAAUAUGGCAAAUUUUACACAUAACCUGGAUCCCACGAUAACGCAAAAGUACUGAAAAUAUUUUUAUGAAACUUGAUAUAUGGAUAGAUGGCAGUAUGGAGAUUAUGCACGUCUUUUUCUUUCCUUCCUAUGUUGAAAAUUCUGGUUGCUAUGGCAACAAAUAGACUGAAAAUAUGGCAAAUUUUACACAUAACCUGGAUCCAGUGAUAACACAAAAAGUACUGAAAAUAUGUUUAUGAAACUUGACAUAUGGGUAGAUGGCAGUAUAGAAAUUAUGCACAUUCUUUUCUUAUCUUCCUAUGUUGAAAAUUCUGGUUGCUAUGGCAACAAAUAGACUGAAUUUCAAGAUUUCUGAUUCUAGUUUUUAAGUUUUUUCACUAUAAGUUCUUUAUUUCUUAAGGUAUUUUCUUCAAACUUUAAAUAUAAAUUGCUUGUCAUCAACCACAUCAUAUGUGACAAGGUUUACAACUCUAGCACAAAAUUUAUCAGAAUUACCUCCCUUGAACUUAAAAUUUUCAUGAAAAAAAAACAUUGUUUUUUUAAUAACUUAUUUUUCUGAAUGUAUCUACUUCAAACUUCAUAUAAAUGUUUCUUAUUAUCACUCAACAUUUGUGAGUGUUCAAUACUCUAGCAAGACUAUUUCCAGAAUUAUGCCCCUUUUGAACUUAGACUUUUUUUUGAGAAAUUGGUAAUUUUUACUCCAACUAGCUUCUUCAAUCAUGAUAGGAUUUUAAAAAUGUUAUAUUUUGAUAACAGGGAUGUUUGAAAAAUAACUUUUAGAGUGUCCUUCAGUCCGUCUGUCUGUACAUAAAAACUGUUUCCUGUGAUCACUUUUAAAGAACUUUUUCAACAAAUUUACUUAAAAUAGGAACCUAAGUGAAUGGCCAAUGGCCCUUCAGAAUGUUGCUUGGGCUCUUACCAGUAGGGGACUUAUGGAUUGCUUGCAAUACUAUGAUAAUUGCUUGUUGUAUUUUGAUAUUAAAAUCCUUUGAACUUUGAAUUGAGCAUCCAAAUUUGGAGCUUCAAAUUCAAAGCUUGUAAUAUCUAUUAGACAAAUUCCACAAGUUAUGGUUUAAACAUUGUUGAUGUGUUUUAAUAACAAACCGAUGUGAAGUUAAUUAAAUAUGCAAUUAUGGUUUUGCCUUUAACAGGAAUAAUUAUCAAUUGAUCUUGUAAAUGAUCAUCAUGAAUACAUCUACAUGUAAGGUAAUAUUUUAGGGAUAAUUGUGCGUUUGGUUGUAUACUUACAUAUAGGUGUAUUAUAACAUUUUGUACAAUAUAUUUGAUAAAUUAGUGAACUGAAA